ACUCUUGUCUCCCUUGUUUCUCUCUCCUUAGCAAGAGGGCCGACUCUUUUUUCUUCUCCAUCUCAUCUCCAUCUGAACACCAAAUUGAUGGCCACUGCGAUUCUUGUUUCUCUGAUUCUCAGCGAUUCUUUUUGUUGUCUAUUCAUUUAUUCAAUUUUUAUUUCCUCUGCUUAUGAAUUUCUUCCUCUGGGUGGAGUUAGGGUUCGGAGGACAGGAAGAAAGUAAAGAAGCAUCCAAUCUGAAACCAAAAUUCGGAUUGCACGGGCUCUUCGUCUUCGACUGGAUAUGCAAAUUAGUUUCUAUUUCCACCAACUUGUUGAUCUUCUCUCUAUGUUUUUAAAGCUUCAAUCUUUAAGCUUGCAUGUUACAAAUCUUGAAUGUUUAACUCUGAUGGAAUUUUGUUUAUGUGUUUUUGAGAAAUUUGGGUAUUAUUUGAUUUAGGAUUACGGUAAAUUGAAGUUUUGAUUUGCUUGAUUUUGGAGGAGAGAGUUGCAUCGGUGAUUCCGAAGACGAUGACAGCGAGGAAGAGGAUGAGGUCAUUAGCCGAAUCUUUGAGUUAACACUGCAGUACAUGUGCAUCUUCUAAAAAUGGAGUGAUGAAAAAUACUAAUGGAGGUGUAAACCCAGACCGUUGCAAAAUGUUUGAGCUUACCCAUGUCCACGAUAAUGAAAAACCUGAUGAACUGAAUUCUAAAGCUAUUGCCUUGAUGAAGGACAAGAUUGACAAGAUGAAGACUACAAAGAGGGCAUCCCAACUUCCAGAGGUUCUUAAUGAUUUUGAAAUCAAUGAAGUAUAUGCGUCUGUGCUUGGAAAAGAGACACGUGGAGGGGUGCGAGGAUUUGGCAUUGGAGCCAUACCUGAACAAGUUCCUGGUGUACUAGUGCAGAAGAGAUGUGUUCAUUUAGAGGUACAAGCAAUGAGAGAACAACAUGAGCUUGAGAUUGAAACGAUUCGGAAGGAGAACCAAGAAAAGGAAGAUAAGCAGAAAUGAACAAACAAAGGGUGGUUCUGCAGCUUUAAGAACGAAGGGUGGUUCUCUCCAACCAUCGAUGAGCCAUAUUCAAUCUUCAUAUGAGCAGAACUUGGAUGAUGUUUACAUACCACAUUGCUCUGAAGAAUUGCAGCAGCAAGUUACCAGAAAUUGAGGCACACUUCAGACUUCACCUUUUGGUUAGUAACAAUUGUGCUUAAGGCCUCUGUGUUUUUGUUGUUUUGGACUUAAUCUAUGAUCUCUUUAGUAUAUUGGUGGUAGCUACCUGAUCAUGGGAUAAGUGCACAGAGGCUUUUAAGUUUAGCUUCAUAGGAAGAUUUAGGUUUUGGAUGUAUAUUUGUGAAGUCUGAUUUAGUUUAAUAGUGUUCAACUACUAUUUGGACUCUAUGGUAGUUUGUGUAUAUCUGUCAGGUAUUGUACCUGGAGUGGUUAAUGUAAUAUAAAAGUAUUAAAUGAAGGAUUCAAUAUGCUUUUGUAAUUAGGCUGUUUUUUUGUAUUUUUUUUCUGGUAUUUUGAAUGAAGGCCACGGGCCAAUUUGAAUUCAUGAUUAACCAAAAAAUAAAAAAGAAAUUAAAGUAUUUAGGGGGACCCACCAGAUGGUGUAAUUAAACGAAAGAAGAAGCAAUUAAAACUAAUUGCUAGACACACACACAAUCGUGGGUUUUGCAGUUACAUGGCCCACCACAAUAACAAAUUCAUUGUAGCCCACAGAAGCAUGUAAACGUGACUGCAUCAGACCAUUGCAACUGGCCUACAGAGCACUGACCCAUUUAAAAGUGGCUGUAAUGUGGCAAUGGGUCAUAGACACACACAUAUGUGGCCUUUGGCCCAAACUUGUCACCAAUAGUGUAUGUGGCUAUUGUCCUAAAUUGUAGUGGUGUUCAAUUGCUCAUGAACUCUUGUGUAGAUAGAAAGCCAAUGAACAUGCACAAAGUGCAUGUGAAUUGGCUAUACUUAAAAUAUGAUAACAUAUGUCAUCAGAAAAUGUUUGUUGAGCCUAUUUACAACGAUAUAAGAGUCAAUAAUCGAAGAUCAAAACCAAAUUCAAAAAGGUUAAUAUGUUUCAACACUCAUGUUAGACCAAAUGAUUGCAAAUGAGUUUCAAUACUUAUGUCAAACAACAAGGUAUAAAAAACGAUGUGUAAUAAUAUGUGUGUGUGUGUGUGUGGGGCCCUUCCACUAACAGAUCCCUUUUUUGGUCUUUUCUAAGGAUAGGGUAUUAGACCAACUUUUCGAUUACAUUUCGCAAUCUCAACCGUUCAGUUUUUAGGUCCUAAUAUGUAGAUUACUUCUGCAAAUUUUCAGUCAAAUCGGUGAUCGUGAAUGUAUCGAACUAGAUUAAAUCAAUGGAUGAACCGAAUCUGCCCAACCUGAACCGUUCAUACAUAUAAUUGUAAAUCAUUGUUUUGAAUGCCUUAACGAUAAUCAAUUUGGCUGAAAAUUUGUAGAAGAGAUCUAUACAUUAGGACCUAAAAACUGAACGGUUGAGAUGCUAAAAUAUGAUUGAAAAGUUGGUCUAAUGCCCUAUCCCUAAAAAAGACCAAAAAAUGGAUCCCUCACUAGAAGGGCCCUGUAUAUAUAUAUUAAACGAUGAGUAAUAAUGGGUGUGUGUGUGUCUAUAGACACACAUGAAGUUGCUAAGACGACCGUAAUAACCAACAUUUUUUUUUUUUGCUGGUUACAUUGUAAGAGAUUGAAUUUUUUAUUUAACCUAAUUUUCCAUUCUCCCUUACCAAUUGAACCAAACCUCAUGAGAUUUGUGAUAACCAACAAUUUAACCGAAAGGACGAACAUUGACUACCUUCAAAUCAAUAAACAGAAAACAGAAACGAAAAUC